AUGUUAUGUUGCUUGACAUUUCUACGGAGCACGACCACAGGAUAGAAAGCGGAGAGAGAGCCGGGUCGUUAUAUUUCUCUGGUCCCCUUUCCUGUCAGUUUUUGUUCCUGGCAGCCUUUUUCAGUGAAGGCCCUGUCCCCUGGCUCUGUUCGCUUCGUCUGGACCGACUGAACUCUGCGCUGACAGAAACAAACAUGGAGAUAGAGAAGGAAGUGAAGAAGAUGACCCUCGGGCACGAGUUUGGAGCCGGAGCGGCCUGUCUCAAAUGCAAAGACAAGUGUGAAGGCUUCGAGCUGCAUUUCUGGAGAAAAAUCUGCCGAAACUGCAAAUGUGGCCUGACGGAGCACAACGUGCAGAUGAACUCGGAGGAGAACAAGAAGGUGGGAAAGCUGUUCGAGGACACCAAGUACACGGGGCUCAUUGCUAAGCUGAAGACGGAUGGCAUACCAAACUACCAGGGCAACAUGGUCACCAUCACUCUGCCCAGCCCUGCCUCCUCCUACAUUGUUCCUCCCAGUGCCUCCUCAACUGUGGUGCCUCCUUCUGCUGCAGCUGGUUCUGUACAGCAUGCUGGAGCCUCUGCAGGAACAGCACCCGGCAACGCUCAGGCUCAGGCUCAGCCGGUACCCGCCAGCGUCACACCCGUCAAAACUAACAAGUUGCCGGUCGCUAUCAGUGCCACACCAGCCAGUGUGGUGCCAGUAUCCAAAGAUGUGCCAAUGAAGUCCGUCACCUACGAGUGGGCACCACCAGUAGCCAAUAAAUAUCUGGCGGUGCGUUACAUCGAGCUGCUCCCACCGGAGAAGAGACCGGUGGCGGGUUCAGAAGGAGCCGCUUACCGACGGCAGCAGAUGGCUCGCCAGCUGCCCGAGCACGACCAGGACCCGUCCAAGUGCCAUGAGCUGACCCCUGCUGAGGUCAAGCAAAUGGAGCAGUACGUCCGCAAGUACAAGGACGAGGCCCUUGGGAUCGGGGAUGUCAUGCUGCCUGAAGAGAUGGCUCAAGUUCAGGCAGGAGGGCAGGGUGGAGCUGGUGGUGCAGCUGGUGCUGGAGCUGGAGGGGCUGAUUCUGGGCCUGGGGGUAGGCCUGGGGUCGGUGGAGCUGGAGUUGGUGUUAAUGCUGGAGCUGGUGCUGGAGCUGGAGGGCCUGGGUAUAGACCAGGAGUUGGAGGUGCAGGGUUUGGAGCUGGUUCUGGGCCUGGGGCCGCAGGUCCUGGUGUUGGUCCCAUGGGUGGAGCUGGAGCUGGAGCUGGAGCUGGAGCUGGAGCUGGAGCUGGAGGUGCUGGACCAUUCUCCGGGCCUGGUACCGGAGCCUCUGCUGGCUUUGGACCAGCUGGAGGAGCCUUGGGUACUGCUGCCACUGCUGGAGCCAUGGGCGUCCCAGGAACUUUGCAAGCUGGAUUACCACAACAGUCCUUUUCGUGCCAUCACUGCCAGCAGCCGAUGCGUCUGGGUGAGCCGGCCGUGUACGCCGAGCGGGCCGGCUACGACAAGAUGUGGCACCCGGCUUGCUUCGUGUGCUGCACCUGCACUGAACUGCUGGUGGACAUGAUCUACUUCUGGAAGAAAGGCAAGCUGUACUGCGGACGCCACUACGGAGACAGCGAGAAGCCGCGUUGUGGAGGAUGUGACGAGCUGAUCUUCAGUAACGAGUACACUCAGGCUGAGGGCCAGAACUGGCAUCUGAAGCACUUCUGCUGUUUUGAAUGUGACUGCAUCCUGGCUGGAGAGACGUACGUCAUGGAGAAUGAAAAACCUGUCUGCAAGCCCUGCUACAUGAAGAAUUACGCUGUGAAAUGUGCAGCCUGCCAGAAUGCGGUGGAGCCCGAGGCUCAGAGGGUUUCCUACGGUGAGCACAACUGGCACGCCGAGCCGGAGUGUUUCAAGUGCUCCGGCUGCUCCAAGUGCCUGAUCGGCCAACGCUUCAUGGCGGUGCAGGGCUUCCUUUUCUGCUCGGUGGAUUGCAAGAAGAAAACCAUGGCUUAGAUGACCAAUGCAAACCCCAUCUAUCUUCUCCACAACCACUUGUGAAACCAGGAUGGGUUCAGCUAAAGCUAGAACCAGAGCAGGGAAAACAAACACUGGUGCAGCUGGGCGAGGGAAGAGAUGUCCGAUCGUGGUUGUGUUAAGCGUGCCUCUUUCCUCUAAUAUAGAGACGUACAGUAACAGUCAGUCUAUUUGCAUUUGGGUGCUCUGUCCUUUCUGGAGACUUCAGUAUUGAUACAUCUGUCUCCACUUGGAUGACACCCAAACUUCUAUCAUCUUCUGCCUUAAAAUCAGUUGUCUUCUUUCAACAAGUACAUUUUUUUCUGUUGCCUUACUUGCACUGUUUUUUCUUACUGAUAAGAUUAUUUCAGAGGUGCUAAUCCAUUUUUUUAAAAACUUUAAACCUGUGUCUGUUUAAUGGCAUUAGCGCUGUUUAACGCACCACCUUUUUACUGCUUCCUUCAUCCAACAAACUACUGAUAUUCACUCUCCUCUAUGCAGCAAUAUGAUGAGCAAUAUUAGCAAGGUUUGGGGGUUAAUUUGUUUUUCCAUUGCACUGUAUUCAAGAUGAAAUUUCAAUCUAAUAAUAAUAAAGAAAAACCUUUCAUCUAAAUGAAAUUAUUAUGUAGCAGACAAGUUUACUUCCUGAAUUUAAGAGAGAAUUGGAAGUAAUUUGUCCAAACUCUGAUAGCAGUACUAUGUAAAUGGCUAAAAGUAGCCACCUACUGUAGUUGUUGUAUUGGAUAGCAUCAUCCCAUGAGAUAUAGUAGUAUUUUCAUUGUAUUUUAAGGGACCAAAAACAAUGUGAAAACCUUACAGUGUACACCACCAGGUAGUGGUUUAUGAGGCACAUCUGUACAAGCUAAUGCAGUCCAAUUCAACAGCCCUGCAAUAAAGCAGUGGUGUUUUUGGGCUGCAUUAUUGACAGGUGUCUUAAAUUAUGUCUCCCUCAUGUAUGUAACGGCAAGGGACAAAGUAGACAAAGAUUGCAUUAUUGCAGGGUUGUUGUAUUGGAUGGGAUUAGCUUGUACCUAAUGAACUGGUAACCAUUUGUAAUGCAGUUCAAUCCAAUACAACAACAUCUUUCUGAUGCGGCUUUAACAUGAUCUGUAUGUAUCUAUUGUGUUAGAUGGCAUUUACAAGUGUUUCUGUUAUUUUUUAUUCUUUUUUCAGUUCCCAUUAGCUUCCAUAAAGUGUUUUCCUAGUCUUCCUGGGGUCCAAAUGAUGUGAAAUGAAAUAAUAGUAACAAUAAAAUUAUGAAUGAAAGAAAGAAUCUGAACAAAUCAAACACAGACAACUUAAAACAUUUGUCCUCCCUCUGUAAUUACUCUUGGCAAUAAUAGGCAAAGAAGUUAACACAUUGAAUUAUGUUUUCAUGCAAGUUCAAUUAAACGUCCACAGGCCCCCAGAUGGAUAUAAACACUGUUAAGCAUCAGAAUAAUGACACCGUACCCAAAAACUUAAUGAAUUCAAGAGAUACACUGUAAAUUGUUACUGUUUUCUGUCACUUUUUUUUUUUUUUACUUUUGUGCCAUUUACUAUCCUUUCCAUGCAAUAAACUGCACUUUAAAUA